CAUGAAGUGACAAGACAUGGCGACUCUGCUAAUCACCAUGACGACCAUACAGCUGUGACUGGCUGUGUGAAGCCCCUCCCUCUUUUUCUACACCCAAGCUAAACCCCUCUCCCCUUUCUGAGGACAACCUAGCUACCCCAGUCCAUCCCCCACGCUCUUUCUCCUUUAAAACCUCUCCAUCCCUUAUUUCAAUCCCACGUUUCCUCCAUCUUAACAACACCUCCCUCUUCAUUCGUCCUCCUCCUCCUUCCUCCAUCAUCAUGCUUAGCAGGCUUCGCACUCACUCCUCCUCCUCCUCCUCCUCCUCCUCCACCUCCUCUCCAUCCACCCCCAUCCUCCUCAUCCUUCCCUCUCUCCUCCUCUUCCUCCACCUCCCGAGCCUGGUCUGGGGGGACUGCUGGCUGAUCGAGGGGGACAAGGGCUACGUGUGGCUAGCCAUCUGCAGCCAGAACCAGCCUCCAUACGAGACCAUCCCCCAACACAUCAAUAGUCUACACGACCUGAGGCUCAACGAGAACAAGCUCAAGAUGAUCCCCUACACCUCCAUGUACCGCUUCACCAACUCACGGACCUCAACCUCACCAAAGAACGAGAUCUCCUACAUCGAGGAUGGGGCCUUCGCUCAACAGGCCAAUCUACAGGUCUUCCAGCUGGGCUACAAGACCAACCUGACAGAAGCCAUGAUGAGGGGCCUGGGACGGGGUUGCAGUGUCUUCCUCCAGCACAACCUCAUAGAGGUCAUUGGCAACAAUGCAUUGGAUGAGUGCCUCAGUCUCAACAGCAUUGACCUGUCGUCCAAUAAGCUGGCCCGCCUCGAACCGUCCACCUUUACCAUUUUGAACCGCCUCAUGGUGUGUGAGCUGGCUGGGAACCCCUUCCACUGUGGCUGUGACUUGUACAACUUCCUCACCUGGCUGGAGGCCUUCAAUAACGUCACACACACCUACGACCGGCUGCAGUGCGAGACCCCCAGGGAGAUGUUUGGCUACCCACUCCUGAGUCCCAUUGCGUCUGGCAACGUCGGGCACAACGCUCGGACGAUUCUGUCCUCUGUCUGCCGGGACGGGGUCUUCAUCCCUGGGAUGACGUCUCUCCCGCCGGACUCAGAUUCCUCCGGAAUGGGCCCGGACAUGUUUGACCGCGUGGGUCCGUACCACCAGCCCACCACCUCGUCUUCCUCCACGGAGCACAGCUUCAGCCCCAGCAUCAAGCUCCACCACGUGUCCCUCUUCACGGCCUCUAUCAUGGUCCAGAUCCCCAGACCUUACAGCAAGAUGUACAUCCUGGUGCAGUACAACAACACCUUUGUCUCUGACGUAAUGAACCUGAAGCUCAAAAAGGAGAUGAUCACGCUGAACAAGCUGAAGCCACACACCAACUACACCUUCUGCGUGGCCUCCAUCCGGAUCUCCCAGCGCUACAACCACACCUGCCUCCAGUUCUCCACUCGAGCCCAGAACCCUGACGACAUGCCGCCAAAACCUUCUACCACCACCCACUACAUAUUGACCAUUGUGGGCUGCCUCUUAGGGAUGCUCUGCAUCCUGGGCCUCAUCUACUAUUGUCUGAGGAAGAAGAGGAGGCAUGAGGAGAAGCAGAAGUCCAUCUGUGUGAAGAAGACGAUUCUAGAAAUGAGGUAUGGUCCGGACGUGGCGGCGGCCGUGGGGAACGACCCGUCUGCGGUGCAGAAGCUCCAAGAGCAGGCCCAGGGUCAGGGCCACCACCAGUACCAGCACCACACGCACGGGGGCAAGCUGCCUAUGUCUGCCUCCUCCUCCUCGGGCAUGCUCCACUCCGCCAACACCUCUUCAUCUAGACUCUCCUCCAUCCCUCAGGAUAAGAUGGCCACGGCCUUCUCCGAGGCCAUGCUGACCAGCAAAGGCAACUACAUGGACGUGAGGACGGACGGGGUGAUGAGAGAUGGAGGGAUUGGAGGAGGACAGGGAGGGAUGAGGGAUGAGGAUCUAAGAGAGGAGGACGGGACGGACUUUGGGGAGGAUUCGGACGACGACGGGCGAGGCUCGGCCUCGGAGAUCUCCACCAUCGCCAUGGAGGUGGAUAAGGUCAACCAGAUCAUCAAUAACUGCAUCGACGCCCUGAAGCUGGACUCUGUCAUGGCCGCCUCCUCCACCGCUUCUUCCACCACCACCGCCACCUCCUACCCCACCUCCCCGCCGCCCACCUACACUUCCUCCUUGACCCGUGGCCUCAUCCCCCUCUCCCCUGGCGUCAAUGAGACCUGCCCCGGCCUGCCCUCCCCUACCACCAAGAUCCCCCCUCCACCGCCGCUCCCCUUCUCCGUCCCUCUCUCGGAGCGUCCGGGGAUCAGCGGCGGGGGGUUUGUGUCGCCCCCCUACCGGCCCCCUCCCCCUGCGUCCGCUGUGCGCCCCAUCCAGAAGCAGAUGAGCGCUGAUGCUGCGGUGGUGAUCAGCACCGUGAAGAAGCAGUGCAGUACCUCGUCCUGCAACUCCAUGGGACGUGACCGGGAGCGAGGGACCGGAGGAGGAGGCCGGGUCUACAGCCUGGACGUCCAAGAGCCCCGCAGCCCAGACCCCUGCCAGCAGUACACAGGAGAGAGAGGCAGCCCCGUGGGGUGUGGAGAGCCCCUGGAGCGGCUGCCUCUGGUGGGGGAGCGGCGGGGAGGAGGUGGGGGUGGUGGUGGGUGUGGUAGUGGAGGUGGUGGUGGUGUUGAUGCAGGGACAGGGACAGGGGCAGGGUCAGCAGGGAGGACUACCACUGCUCAGGAGCACCGCCACUCCGUCCCGGCCCUGUACUACGAGGGCUCCCACCAGGGUUCGCCGCACCAGAGGGCCUCCUUCCUCAAGCUGACCCGCUCCCGCCGUGACGCCGCCCACUCGCAGCUCUCACCUUCCCGCCACCAAAACUACUCUGGGUACUCCUCCAGCCCUGAGUAUUCCUCAGAGAGCUCCCUGAGGAUCUGGGAGAGGUUCCGGCCCUACAGGAAGGGCCAGCGGGAUGAGUCGUGCUACGUCACGGCCGGGAACGCCUUAAGGAAGAAGGUGCAGUUCGCCAAAGGGGAGGACCUCCACGACAUCCUUGACUACUGGAAGGGCGUGUCAGCCCAGCAGAAGCUGUGAAAGGAAGACAGGAAGUGAGAGUGAGACAUUGUGGUAAAUUGAGUUUUGAGUAAUGAUUCUCUUGUUGAUCCCGGUGAACCGCCAAUUUGAGAUGCCAGCCGAAGGAAAAAGAGAGAAAAUGAAAUGAAUGAGGGUGAUGAAAGAGUUGAGUCUGACGGAGCCUGAUUCAUUUACAGUAGGUUUCAUUGAUCCGUGUUAUCAUCAGCAGGACCAGAGCUGAGAGAGAUGAUAGUACAGCAGGGUCAUUGUGACAGUGAAUGGAGUGGACAGUAGCACUACUUCUGGAACCUUCUCAUCCUCUUUGCAGUUAUAAUUAGAGACAGGGAGCCCAGGCCAACCAUCCAAUCAGUAUUCAGUGAACACUUCAUGUGGAAUUCACUUGUUGGAGUGUCAUUCUCUGUGCCACGCUUUCAUCUGUGUGUAGCGACAGGAACUCAGAUGAAGUAACGCAUGUUUGUGUCUGCGUCGAGUGUAUGCGUGUGACAUCGAGUGUACUGUAUGUGUGUGUGUCUGUGUGUGUGUGUGGUAUGAGUCAGUCUAAACUCCUACACAUGUUUUUUGGCGCAUGUAGGGCGCGGAGAUAAUGUGUGUGUCUGUGUUGGUGAGACAGAAACACAGUGAGAUAAUAUACCCAGAGAGAGAGAAAGAAAAAGAGAAAGAGAGGGAGAGAGAGAGAGAGAGAGAGAGAGAGAGA